CUCUUCUCUCUGGUUCACUUGCGCAAUAAAGGGGUUUCCGUGCCCGACGCUCGUCGCCGUGCACGGAAGCCUCGUCGUAAAAAAGAAUAGGGGAAGUGCAGAGCGAGCGUUUCUCGGAGAAGCCCCGGUCAUUGUCGUCGUUGUUGCUGUCGUGCUUGCGAUGCUGCUGCAGUGCGUCGCCUCGAAGAAGGAUAAUGCGUUGACGUGGGCCGAGAUAAGACAUACAUCAUCCUCAUGCACGCUAUCGACGGUGCGGUGAACAGAAUGGGCAAGCAAAACGGCUCGUGUUGGUGGUGCUUCAAGGCCGUCAAGUGGAUACCAGUGAUCUUCAUCCUGACGAUCGUUGCCUGGUCCUAUUAUGCUUAUGUGGUGCAACUGUGCUAUUGCAUAAUAGACAAUUAUGUUCAAAAAGGUUUCUAUCUACUUUUCUUCCAUAUUCUAUUUCUGAUGUUUUUAUGGUCGUAUUGGCAGACAGUAUUCACAGAAUUAAUGCCAGUACCAGAUAAGUUUAAAAUACCUGACGUCGAAAUGGAGAAAUUACAGCAAGCUGAAACUGAGGAAGUACAGAGACAAAUUUUGGAAAGAUUUGCACAGGAUCUUCCAGUUACCAACCGCACCAUAAAAGGAGCCAUGCGAUUUUGUGAGAAGUGUCAGUUGAUAAAGCCUGAUAGAGCACACCAUUGCAGCGUGUGUGGCACUUGUGUCUUAAAAAUGGAUCACCAUUGUCCAUGGGUAAACAACUGUGUAGGCUUCCACAAUUACAAAUUCUUCAUGUUGUUUCUGGCAUACGCACUUCUGUACUGUAUGUUCAUUACCGCCACGUCCUUGCAAUACUUUAUACGAUUUUGGAGAGGUGAAUUAGAUGGAAUGGGUAGAUUUCACCUACUAUUCCUUUUUUUUGUUGCGUUGAUGUUUGCAGUCAGUCUUAACUCUCUUUUCUUCUACCAUUGCUAUCUGGUUGUGCAUAAUAGGUCGACACUAGAGGCCUUUAGAACCCCUAUGUUCCGAACAGGAAAGGACAAAGAUGGCUUUAGCCUGGGGAAAUACAAUAAUUUUCAGGAAGUAUUCGGCGACAAUGCACGACUCUGGUUCCUUCCUAUAUUUAGUAGUCUGGGGAAUGGUGUCGUCUACCCAGUACGAUCGCAGCACCAGGGCACACCCAAUACUUAUGACUCCAUGGGCAGUACUCAAAACAGGUCCACCAUUGAUCAAAUGACAUUGGUAGAAGAAGCUACAAUUUUGGCUCUUGGCACUGGCACUGCUGUGAUAGGUCCUGGUGUUGAUGCCGACCAACCACCACUGUUGACUACCGCGGAAUCCGUUUGAACGGCACCGUUCGUAUCACACACGCCUCUGCGAAAUUGUAAUUUCCCCUAUGACGUAGCGAGUAUAGUUCGAAAUGCCGAUUUGUGCUUUCGGUGCUCCUUUCCUUUCUACACUUUUUAAAGCGGGAUUAAUUUCUCGGCAUCGCGGGGUGAGGGAUUACGUGAUGCUCCUGUUGCGAGGAAAAUUCACUGAAAUCGUUAUCGCAGUAAGUGCAAAUAUUUUUAACGCUAGAGAUUGCCCCGCGCCAAGAUACUUUUAAUAUUGACUGUAUUAUAUACAUAUAUUGUAAUAUAUACACGGAUCGUUGUUAAAAGUAUAUUGUUAUGGUUACUUGUAAUUUUAA